AUGACUCGCACCGCCUGCACACACACUCAUUCAACAUCUCAGCACCCCCCACCCCCACCCACGUACGCCAAGUGGAAAGAAUGGGGGUGUGGACACCGGGAUGGGACUAAAGGGGACAUAGAGGAGGGGAGUUUGGUUGCUCAGCUGGCCUCCGCUUCGUGUGUGUGGUGGUGGUGGGGGGGGGCAUGGUGUAGCCUCAACCUGACCCACCGCUGCCGGCCUGGCCCCACUUCUCUGCCAGCCAUUCCCGUCAAGUUCUCGGAGAAGCAGCAGGCGUCUCACUACCUGUAUGUGCGAGAGCACAGCGUCCGAGAAGGAGCCACGUCUACCUGGCCUCAGAAGCGGACCCUUUUCGUCCUCAAUGUGCCCCCAUACUGCACAAAGGAGUGCCUGUCCCGCCUCCUCUCUUGCUGCGGCUCCGUCCAGUCUGUGGAGUUGCAGGCAAAGCCGGACCUUGCCGAGAGCCCAAAGGAGCCAUCAUCGAAGUUUUUUGACCCCAAGCCCAUUCCGGGCUUCCAGGUAGCCCACGUGGUGUUCCAGAAGCCAGGUGGAGUGGUGGCUGCCUUAGCCCUGAAGGGCCCUUUGCUGAUCUCGACAGAGAGUCACCCUGUGAAAACUGGUGUCCACAAGUGGAUCAGCGAGUACGCAGAUUCGGUGCUGGACCCUGAGGCCCUGCGGGCUGAAGUGGACACCUUCAUGGAGGCCUAUGACCAGAAGAUGGCUGAGGAGGAGGCGCAAGCCAAGGAGGAGGAGGGAGUCCCAGACGAGGAGGGCUGGGUGAAGGUGACCCGCCGUGGCCGCCGGUCGGCGCUGCCCCGGACAGAGGCCGCCAGCCUGCGCGUGCUGGAGAGGGAGAAGCGGAAGCGCGCCCGCAAGGAGCUGCUCAACUUCUACGCCUGGCAGCACCGCGAGACCAAAAUGGAGCAUCUGGCACAGCUGCGCAAGAAGUUUGAGGAGGACAAACAGAGGCUCGAGUUGAUGCGGGCCCAGCGCAAGUUCCGUCCCUACUGAGCCGGGGGGCAGGCCCUGCAGGGGAGAGGACGCAUCUCCACUGGGGGAUGGGUGCACUGCCCCGGUGAGCACCCAUCUCUGAAGCUCCCGUGAGCCCACACCCACCGGAGGGAAGGAUUGCCACUCCCAGCCCUGGUGUGGCCAGCUGCCCAGCGUGAGGACUUGGCCCUUAGGAGCUCCCUGCCCAGGAAGAAAGCUCCCUCCCACCCGUGUUUCCUCAAGUGGCUGAGGUCUGAGGGAAUUCAAUUCCACAGGGAACGAGAGGCCAAGAAGCAGUAUGGACACCAGUUUAUUUAUUCCCAGCCUGCUGGGCAGCAGAAGCCCAGAUCUGGUCUCCAUGUCCCCCACUGAAGUCCGUGUCACAGCUAGGCCUGACUCCACUGGUGCACCUGGGCUGCUUCGUCACCUGAGCUGCACGUGCCAGACGCAGUGCUGGCUCGACCACGGCCCGGCUGGGGCUCAGGAGGCCGGGGCCACCUCCUGGGCCUGUAGGAAGGCACCCACGAUCUCUGCCACCUUCUGGGGCUUGUUCAUGUGGACGUAGUGGUUGCCGGGGGUUUCCACAAUCUGGAACCGCUGCAGGCAGGUGGGAGGCAGGCGCCAGGUGAGCUGGGCCCACAGAGGUGUUCGCCCACCCAGGGUCAGGGGAAGCUCCUUACACUGCUCCUUGUGGGACCCUGACCUGAGCCAGUCAUGGGGGGUGGGGAGGGUGUCACAGCACAACACACCUGGGCCAAGUAGGGCCCAGCUGAGAUACAGUUCAGCUCAGGGUCUCCCGGGGAACUCGGCUGAGCUGGCUUCCACCCUUGAGCUGCACUCCCCUUUUCCAGGUCACCACCAAGGCUGCUCAGUGUUGGGCAGUGGGUGGCGCUCAUGAGCUGCCAGGUGCUCCCAGGGACUCUGAUAGGGUCCAAGUCAGCGCAAGCUCUCCACAAUGAGGCCCACUUCCUCCUGGGGCCACUGCAUCUAGAGCUGGGCCUCGGCGAGGUUUGGAGCCUAAGGAAGCCAAGCUGCCCUGGCCGAAUUGUGCUUGGUCCAGAGAACAGCGAAGGACAAUAAAGCUGGGAGGGCCUGCCGACCAA